AUGAGCCUGGAACUGUACCUAGACCUUAUUUCUGCACCUUGUCGGGUCAUUUAUAUCUUUGCCAAGAUGAACCAUAUUCACUUCCAGUACUUUCCCAUGGAUCUGUUGCAAGGUCAGCAGCACAGCAAGGAAUUUGAAGCCAUCAGCAUCGAGAAGAAGGUGCCGGUGCUCCGGGAGGGAAGCUUCAUCUUGUCUGAGAGUGUGGCCAUCCUGUUAUACCUGACCCGCAAAUACAGCACUUCCAUCUAUUGGUACCCGCCUGAUAUACACAUGCGGGCCUCCAUUGACGAAUACAUGGCCUGGCAGCAUGAAAGCCUGCAUAUCCCCAUGAGGAAGAUCCUGUGGUCGAAGUUGCUGAUCCCAAUGAUUACGGGGCAGAAAGUGCCAGAGGAGAAAAUGAAUGACAUACUGAAACAAGUACAGACCAACAUCCAGUUGUUUUCUGACCACUUCCUGAAGGACAAGCCGUUUAUAACAGGGAAGAUCAUUUGUGUGGCUGAUCUGAUGGCUGUUGUGGAGAUGAUGCAGCCAGUGGGUGCCAACCAUAAUAUCUUCCUUGGCCAACCCAAGCUCAAUGCAUGGCGCCAGCGGGUAGAGGAAAUUGUGGGCUCCAGACUCUUCCAGGAAGCCCACCAGAAGCUGUUCACCAUCAAGAAGUGGGACACGUCCCUUUUAAACAAUAGUACAAAAGAGAAGAUCCUCGUCAUGGUACAGAGUGUAAAUAAAUAA